CGCUGCCGCUGCCACUGCCGCUGCCGCCGUUACCGCAGCAGCAGUCGCAGCAGCAGUCGCCUUCUCGUCGCCCAUUCGCCGUAUUUCCUGUUAAUUCGUCGGAAAAUGGGGAUUAAGUUGAGCAUCAACGUCAACCGGAGCGAGUUCCUGGACUAUCUCCAGCUCGUCCAGCUGUACGAGUACGUGGAUCGCAUCGUCAGUCGCCAUGGUUCUUUCCUCGACCACCAGUUCGCUACGGACCCGGAUUUCAGGAGGCGGGUUGUGGAUCUAAUGGCGCGAAUUAAAGAAAUUCGGGGCAAGAAGCACUACGCCCUAGAGCGCAAGCUGUUGCACGAAUUGUGCGAAACAUACGAGGACCAGGUCGGCGGAGCUCGUACCGACUACCAGUACAGGCUUUAUCCGGCGGCCGGCGCGGUCGCCAUUGCGCUCAGCAAAACCUUCACCGCCCCGCUCGCCCGCCUCACCAUUCUUUCGCAGGUUGCAGGGAUGCAUUACCAGAGUACGGCGCUGAUGAAAGGCAGGAUGUUGUGGGAGGCUCGUCGAAUUGUUGGCGAGGAAGGGUUCAGAGCCCUCUGGAAGGGAAAUUUGGCAUCUGUUGUUCAUCGAGUGCUCUUUGCUGGUGUCAUUAUGCUUGAUUAUGAGGAUUACAGGAAGAAUCUGGGGCGGGUGAUUGGUGGCACUGAUGCAAAUUCAACUGGUUUGGUGAAUCUAAUUGCUGGAGGAUUGACGGGAAUUGAAGCUACUUGUAUCACGUAUUCUCUAGAUAUGGUCAGGACUAGGGUGGCAGCUCAGAGGAACUCAAUCUAUGGGCUCAGGGGCACUUGGCAUGCAUUCUAUGAUGUACAUUCUGCCAACGGGUUUUUACCUGAUACCAUGUUUAAGGGACUUGGAGCGACAUUGCUGGGAACUGUUCCAUCUAUGGCCAUAAGCUUCUUUGUCUAUGAAUCCUUCAAGUCCUUUCUGAAAGCUCGAAGGCCCGGAGAUGACUCUCCAAUCACGGUUGGUCUGGCCUGUGGCAGCAUUGCUGGUCUUGCAGCUUCCACAGCAACGUAUCCUAUUGAUCUGGUGCGGAGAAGGAUGCAGUUGGAUGGAAUCGGUGGUCGAGCACCUAUUUACACAAGUGGAGUGCGCGAGACAUUCAAGACCAUCAUCCGGAAAGAGGGAUUCCGGGGUUUGUACAGAGGGAUCUUUCCACAGUGCUUGAGAGUGGUACCGGGGCAUGCAGUUGCGUUUAUGAGCUUCGAGAUGAUGAAGAUGUCCAUCGCCACCUAUGGGGUAAUCAAGAGCCAGACUGUGUCCAGUUAAUGAACAUUGCAGGUAGAUAGAGGGCCUGACCUAACUGUUUCACACUGACAUGCAUACGUGCAAUUUAACCUACCAAUCGAGAUGUUUAACGAUGCUAGUAGAUUGUAGUCUUAUAGGAUGAAUUGUAAAGGUCGAAUAGUGGUGAAGGAUCCAUGUUGUGAUGGACUUAGCAGAUAUCUUUUGGUUAGAUCUGCAAUUAGAGUAAUGAAUUGCAAAUUUGCAAUGAAUAUUGACGAGGUUGGAUACUAGAAUAGCAUGUCUGGAAUUGUGAAAUCUGGG